UUCAAUCAAACAUGACGUAGAAAUGUCACUUCCGGAAUAAACAAAAUAACAAUUUUAGUCAGUCGGUUUUUGUUAUUAAGAUAUUCGCCACUGGUUUCUUUUUUAAAAAGGAUUUUUGCUUUAAAGGUUCUUCUCAUCUGCCUGUGUGUACUUGAAAUAAAUGACAAUGACUUAUGGUUCAAUAGUAACUGCGUAAUUUGGUCCGUUGGUUUGACUAUUAAAAAAAUCUGUUUUGUACGUGUGACAGUCAUCAUAACAACAAAAAACCACGAACUUACAGUACUCACUACUGGUGAAAAUGCCUCCAAAAUUUGCGCGCAUGCCAGACAGUGCAGACAGAUAUGGAGCCAGGGAUGUUGAAAGGCAAUCGCUGCUGGAUGCAGAUUCUGAUGAAGAUGACUUCUUCCUCAAUGGCCCAAGAGUGAAUACUAAGAAACUAGCUGAUCCAAAAAUAAGCAGAUUGAAGGGUCAGGUGGAGGAUGUUGUCGGGGUGAUGAAGGACAAUGUUACCAAGGUCAUAGAUCGGGGAGAAAGACUGGAGGAUCUGCAGGAUAAAUCCGACCAUCUGGCCAGUAACUCUGACAUGUUCCGAAGCAGAGCAAAAGCCUUGCAUAAAACUAUGUGGUGGAAAAACUGCAAGAUGAGGCUGAUCAUGGGCUUGAUCAUCAUGGUCAUAUUGGCAGUUAUAAUCAUUCCAAUCAUCAUCUCUCAGAGCAGGAAGAACAACAGCAACCCAUAGAAUCAGUAGCGUUAACCAAUCAAAGUUGAGUUGAACCAAGCAGUACAGUCCAAGACCUCUAGUGUACCACCAUGUGAAUUGAUAUGAGGCUAAAAUAGAUUUCAAUCAUGCUCGAUAAAUACCAACAUGUCCAGCAAAAGAAUAUAAUGAAUCUAAGUCCAUGUAGAUUUGUUUGUGACUACCGUAGUAAAUCUCUCCAUUGGUUAUACCGUUCUGAAUACUUUUGUCAGUGUUGAUCAGCAUUAUAUCAAAUGACAGCAUGUGGUGUUUUCAACCAAAAACCAGUUACCGGUAUACGUUGAUAGCCAAGUAUGUCUUAGCUGUUAUAGCAUGUAAGUCUGGAAAGGAAGUCUUCAACCAUGUACAUGUUUUAAAUUUAUUCCAGAAAAUGUUGUCAUAAAGACUGAUUGUCUGUCCUUGAGCUGGGCCCUGUUCACGAACAUCUUCAGUGUGAGAUUCAGACUCAGAAAACCAAAGUCUUCAUUUAGUUGUAAAAAUGCUAUUCUAUGAGAAGGUAGUUUUUGUUUUAUCUGUUACAAAUAAUCUGUGCUAUAAUCAAACAGACAUCUUUUACAAAAACAAUGUUAUAUUAUAGUUAUAAUAUAUAACAAGAUUUCAACUUUUUGAGCCCAAGUCUCAAACUCUUACACACGACGUUUGUGAACAUGGAACCAGAACAUUAUUAAAAUACUGGGUGUGUUAUUUUGUUAGUAUUUAUUUGUUAGUUCUUGCCUUCCUAGAAAGCAUGGAUCCAUUCUUGAAAGGGUACAAAUUGCAUUCCACAUUCCAUCAACACAUAGAUAUGAGUGUUAAUGUGUAUAUGACUAUUUGUUGACAGUCUUUCACUAGAAACAUUCGCUAAUAUUUUCUGAGUAAUGAUUUUCAAUGAGUUUUAUUGUUUCUUAACAUAGUUUAGUUUCAAUGUUUCUUAACAUAGUUUAGUUUCAAUGUUACUUAACAUAGUUUAGUUUCAAUGUUUCUUAACAUAGUUUAGUUUCAUUGAUUCUUAAAAUAGUUUAGUUUCAUUGUUACUUAACAUAGUUUAAUUAAACUUUGUUAAAGGUGAUCUAGUAUAUUGGUUUAUUAUGUAUCUGGGGUAUAAUGCAACAUUUGUAUGUAUAUUAAUAUAUAUAUAUAGGUGCUACACGUUAUCAGUUCAUUCUCAGUAUUGGAACAUUAAAUUUUAUAAUGUAUAGAGAAAAUUGUAUUUUUAAAGGACUGUAAGCUUUACAUUACAUAGUUUAAUUGUGGGAAGGAUAAGUUGGUGCUUUAUCACUGUGGAGUGUGUAAAUAUUGGAUAUUACUUUUUAUUGACCUUAUUGACAAUUUUCAGCUUUAUUUAAGUACCAUGUAUUACACCAUGGGUGGCAGUUCCAGUCUGUAAUGAAAAAAUGUGCUCAUUAAUUUUUUUUAUACCAUGAACAUGUCAGGGUGUUUUAUGUAAUGGUUGAAAAUGGACUUGGACAGCGUCCCCUUUUAUAUAUUUAUAUGACACAAAAAUGCGUUCACCAUCUCUGACUGAUACGUACUGCCACCUAUGUGUUACACAGCCUUCCUGCCUAUCAUACCUGGAUGUAUGUGUUCUUUUUCUGGAUAAUUAUGCUAUCAUCCUGAGAUGUAUGUGUUCUGUUUCUGGGUAUUUGUGCUAUCAUCCUGAGAUGUAUAUGUUCUGUUUCUGGAUAUUUUUGCUAUCAUUCUGGGAUAUAUGUGUUCUGUUUCUGGGUAUUUAUGCUAUCAUCCGUUCUGUUUCUGGGUAUAUUUGCUAGUAUCGGGCAUAUUUUGCAUAUCAUGUAAUUUACAAUUUAGGUUCUAGAAUUGUCUUUACCAUUUACUUUUUACUGUAUUUCAUUAUCCAAUGAUAUGGUUGUGUGCUAAACUUUGCUUAUCAAAAUUAUAAUAUAAUUAAACAACAUAUGUACCAAGACAAAUUUCAUUACCAAACAUUUUAUUCUAUUUUAUAUUCAUGUUACUACAUGAAGAGAGAUGUGUCAGUAAUUGAUGACAAACCAAUUACAUGUAUAACAUAUGAUACUGAACUAUUUCUCAUUGAUGUCUUCAGUGUUAAAUCUUCUUUAUUCUACACAACAAUUUCGUAUAUAAAACUCCAGUAUCAAAGCUACUUGGUAUGUUAUAAUUACCAUUAAUAAAAUGCACAGAUUUUUUUUCAAGUUGUCUGAGAUAAAAAAAACAGUAAUAGUUCAACUAUUGUCAAAGCCUUUGUGUGGAAGUCGUCGUGCAUUUUUUUUUUCGCCAUAACUCAAUAACCAUUCAAGAUAUUCAAAUGAAACUUGUUUCAUAUGUUGCCGGAAACAAUAGGGACAUGUUAAGCAUAACUCUGGCUUAAUUAAUUUCUGAAUUAUGCCCCUUGUUGUACUGAAAAACAAAAACAGACAAGGUUUGGCGUUUUCUCUGAAGCGCUCUUGUUGUUUUAUCGAGGGAUAUAUAGGAUCAAUUAAAUCAUCAUGCUUUGGUAUGUCUUCAUAAUGAUAUUUUAACAUGGCUGUAGAUGAAAGUAUUCUUAAUGUUCCUGAAACACAAUUGUGUGAAUUUAGGGUGCCUGGUGACCCAAAUUGUUUCAGGAUAAUUUCAAGUUCUUUCUUACAUACCGGACAUGUAGAAAAAGAAAAAAAAUGAACCAAAGAUAAUAUUAUGAACAAUGUUUUUUGGCCUGGAAAAAUUAAUAAAUAGGUCUUUUCACGUUCAAUUUCAGUUAAAAAAAGGAGCAAAAAUUUAAACCACAAAACAUAAUGUAUUUUAUUUCUUAGUAAUGAGCAAGUAAUACCCUGUGAAAUGAUAACAGUAUUUUACAGGGUCAUCAGGCAUCAACAUUUAACAUUAUGUUUAAUAUAGCUGUAAGAGAACAAGCUUAAUUGUGGGUGGUAUAUCUUAAGUGUUAAAACUAGGUGAGAUGAAAUAUUUCUUGGUUAUGUUCUUACAUUUAACUUUUAUGUUCUGGUUGUGUUAUUUAUUUAUUGUGCAAUAUUGUUUCUUUUUCUUUUGCUAUUUUGACAAUUGUAAGUUUUUUGCAGCAAGUAAAAAAGCAGCCUCUCAUUCAAUGACUGUGUGCGUUUGAAGAAGUCAAAGUAUUGUCAUAGGCUUAUAGCUGUAGGCUUAGGCGCUGGUGAUGGUGUUUUUCUAAACACAACUGGAUUCUUUUUAGAUAUUUACAUGUGGAGCAGGACCCAUAACUCUGCCUAAAAUAUUUGUUAAAUAAUGAGGGUGACCAUCUCAGAAAAACGUUGGAGCGUUGUCAUGUGCUUGUGAUGCUGUUGUUGUUAAAAAUUCCUAUGCCGUACUAAGUAUUCGUUAAUUUAAAUCCAUCUUUCUUUAUCAUACAAUUGUUAAAAUGCUCACUGAGUAACAUGGUCGACUGCCAAAAGGUUAAUAAAAGCUUUAUUUAUUG